UAGGUGCUGUCAAAUAUUCAGGGUGGGGGGGGGGGGGGGGGGGGRGGAUAUCGGGUGGAGAACGUGGAGGAAGCGGAGGAGGUGGAGAUGGUGUCAGGGGUGGGGAAUCGAGCGGAGGCGAAGGUGGCAGGGAGGAUUGCAGUGUACCCGAAGCGGUCAAGCAGCGGGGACAGGAGGAAGAGGUGGGCCGGAGAGAGACUCUCGGCGGGGACAAAGGCGGCGGAUGUGGGAGACGAGCGCGAGGAGUGGCAGGAGGAGGAGCGCAAUGAGGAGGGGGAAGACGGCGAGUGGGAGGAGGAGGAGGAGGAGGAGGAGGAACGGGCUGAGGAAGAGGGUGAGCAGGACAAGUACGAGGAGGAAUGGGAGGAGGGGCAGAACGACGAGCGGGAGAAGGAGGACGGUGCAGCAGAGGAGGCAGAGGGGAAGGACGACGAACGGCAGGAGGAGCAGAUUGGGGGGCCUCAGGAGGAAGCAGGAGAAAUGCAAUCUCUGGAGGGUGUGAAGAGGGAUAUAAUUGAAGAUUACGCAGAAUUCGGAUCCAAAAUUUAUGCACCCAUAACUCGAGAAGGCAAUUUUCCAGACAGUGCCACGAAGGGCAUGACCAUGGAUCAAAGUGAAUUUGAACCCUGGUCAUACGCUGAGCUCCUGGAGAUCGAAGACGAAGUGACCAAGAAGCCGGCGCCGAUCACAAUGGCGGAGUUACGUAGGUACAUGAAACCCCGUGACACGGGAAUUCGCCGGCGAAAACUAGUUGCGGCGCAGCUGAAUUACCUCAACACGCUUCUGGAGGAGUCGAAGGCGAACCACAUGGGUUUUCGAGGUUACGACAACUGCUGGCCAUGUCCGCUUGGCGAGUUCAAGCCGCCGCCGGUGGCGGCGACAGUGUCUGUGGAGAUGAAGGCAGGCAAACUGGUGCCUUUAGUGUCGCCCAGUAUGCGCACGGCUCCCGACAGUGCUGCAUCUCACCCAAGCAUGAGGAAAGCCAGCAUCCAGAGUGCGGGGCUGGUGCCAAACAGACUCAUCCAGCGACCACCAACACCAACUAUCAGCGGAAAAUCGAGCAUCGAGAUGGAUCGAUACAGGGCCGCAACAGUGCUGCAAAGACUGCUUCGUGGGCGAGCCGCACAGAUUGCAAUGGAUGGCAUCCGAUCAAGACGGCUGGAACUCAUCCGGGAGCUCCAGCUCGGCGAAAAGCUGGCCAAUUUGGGAAAGAUCAAGCUGCCGGAUUUCAUCCAAGAUCGAGAACAAAUCGGAGCCGCAGAUCUAGGAGAUGCUUAUCCGGCCUCGCUGUCGAGGACCAUCGCUGGACUGCUUGAAACGAAGCUUGACCUGACGACCGGGAAGAUGAUCGGCCAAAUGGUGCAAAUGAUGGCUAUCAAAGAUCCAUAUCUGCGAAGGCACAGCAUCGAGGUCGUGGUUGAGCUUGCAGCUGCUGCGGAGAUGGAGGUUGAACAGUCAGCAAUGGCCCUCGAUAAUCUUGACGCACGGGAUGCUGAACAUCAAUACUUAACUCUCCAAAGAAAGAAAUCGGAGCUGUUGAUGCCAUGGAUGACUGGUGUGUCGCCCGCUCUUCCGUGGCUGAAGAAGUCAGGAGCAUCUAUUUCAGUCGUAUCUGCAUUAGCGUUGCCUCCAAGGGUUAGGAUGGUUUAUGAGGAUGUGGUGCAAAAGCAAAGUCACAAACUCGUUCGUGACAAUGAACUCAAAUGUAUUAUGGGAACGAUAUGUAUGAUGGCAAGGAACAUGAGGAAGAGUGAUGACUUUGUGCUUCUCGAUUUGGAUUUAAUUGUGAAUGCGGUGAGAUUCGAGCUGGAAAAUUCGUACCUGAAGAGUUUCGGAGAGAUGUUAAAGCAAGUGUUUGGAAUUCCCAUAGGGAGGAAUUCCGACGACGCUUUGGCAUGCUUAGUGUGUGCAAAAUCCGAAGCUUUAUUCCUCGGAUCACUAGGAAGAGACUGCCAGCUGGUGACAGGUAUGAGAAUGAUUGAUGACAUUGCCGUAUUUGUGGGGUACGACGGUUCAGAUAAGGGAUCGAAACAAAACACAACACAAAUUCUCGGACGUUUUGAAGAGUGCAACGAUAGGAGCCCGCAUUUGGUCAGGAAGGACGAAAGGGAGAUUGCCUUCGAUUUCUUAGGGGCUCGCAUGAUUAUCGAAUCAUCACCUGUCCGCAUCCACAUCUUUCCAAGAACGAAGAAUCAACGACAUCUCACGGCGUCCGGUUGUCUGAAGAUCCACUCCAUGCAGGAUUACUUCUCGUUCUCGUCGUUCUCGAAGAAAUCUGUAAAGAAAGCGACACUGUUCGCUAGCAGGGGAGAGCAGCCGUUCGUCCCUGUCAGUAAGGAGAAACAAAGGGAGGCAGAGCUGAAGUUCUGCGGCUUCAAGUGGAUCACAAAGGGGCAGACACUGCCACAAUCGAACGGGAACUUUCUCAUGCAGUGCAAGUUGUGUGGCCAAGGGUUUCAGGGAAGUCAGACGAAGGCCUCGCAACACUUCACAAUAAAGAACAACUGUGCCAAAGUCUCCGUGGAGCAGCUGGCGGAGAUUUGGAACAAGACAAAGUACCCGUUUGAUCCGAGCCACCAUCGGAAGAUCCUCGACUUUCUCAGGUCUCGCGGGUUUCGAGACAACAGGAACACUUCGGCGACGGAGCACGCGGGGGAGGAGGAGUGUGACGACAGCGAGGAUGAGAGGAGGGCGGCGGAGGGGGUAGGUGAUGAUGGUGACAGCGGUGCAGAGGACAUGGACGUGCGGCGAGAGGCUGAGCGCGCCAGGGGUAAGAUGAGGGUGGACAAGGCCGUCGACGUGGAUACUACCCCGGAUGAGGGCGACGACGACGACGAUGACGAUGAGGAUGAGGGCGCGGACAUCGGGGCCUCUCUUGAUGGGGGGCUAAUGGUUGCAGGCCGUCGAGGCCAGGAGGGGGCAGCCAGGGCGCUGAGGGAGGCUGCGGGAUCGAAGAAGAGAAAGAGGAAGGCGAAGAUGACUGCUGCGGAGACAAAAUCAGCACCUCCUUUGUCGAAGAAGACCAAAUGGUGGUAUGUGAGCGGGAUUCCAUUUGAGGCAGCGAGGAGGCCUGAGUAUCAAACCAUGAGGAAGAAGUUGCUCGAGUGUCCGUCGUAUGCGCAUCCCGCAUUGCCCACGCACCGUGUCAUUUCCUGCGACGGCAUUCCUCAGCAGCAGCGAGUUGUGGCAGACAUGGUGGCGGCCGUCCGCAGGGACAUUGAGGCGACUGGAGCGACCAUCCUCACGGAUGGCCGCAAGUCGAUCACGAGCGACCAGAUAGUCAACUUCCUUGCUGCUGGGCCUACGUGUGCGUUCCUUUUCAGGACAGUGCAGCGGGACGGUGCUGUUCAGGAGACAACAGAGGCCGUCGUGGAGCGUUGGAAGGACGUUUUCGACAAGUUUGGUGUCGACAAGGUCAACGCCAUUUGCACUGAUUCCGCGUCUGCAUAUGUCGCUGCCUCCAAGCUCCUUGCGAAGGAGACAUCAGACAUCGCGAAGGACGACCGCAACGGGCAGGUUGGGAAGAGGGAGGACACCAUCAUCAGAGCCCGAGCUGUCGUGCAUUUCAUUAGAGAGCACGGGGCGGCUUUGAGCCUUUAUCGACGGUUCUCUACCGCCCACCCCUCUUCCGCCUCCAUGGCGGCGGGCAGUUCCAGCUCUGCGCCAGUUCCGACUCAGCGGCGAGGCAGGGAGCUGGUGUACCCUGUGCAGACGAGGUUCGCGACCCAUUACUUGAUGCUGGAGAGGUUGUUGGAUCGUCACAGAGCGUUGGAGGCGUUGAUGAUGAGCGACGAUUGGCUGCAGACCGCAUGGAGGAGGUCCAUUUUUCUGCAGGCCCGGUGGGUGCGUCAUGAGGUGCGGUACGCGCCAUUCUGGGAGCACGUGGAGGACAUUGUGGCGCUGAUGACGCCUGUGAUGCAGGUGGCGAGAGCGAGACUGAGUAGGACGUCGAAGGACGAGCUCAACAUUGUUAUUCAGGCUUGUCAGGCGCGGGUCGCUCAUAUGUUGGAGCCCGCACAUUGCAUGGCCCACAUCCUCAACCCGCGGCACAGGAGCAUCACUUUUUUUGGAGCGGCGAGGCGUACCAGUCACGACCGGAAACUGGCAGAGGAGUCGCUGCGAUACCUUCGCCAGCAGACUGGCGACAAUGAGGAUUUGUAUCAGACGUUGCGCACACAGCUGGCCGAGUUUCAUUCUCGGGAGGGCAAUUGGACGUAUGGGGGCGUUGAGGGAGACAGGGAUGCGGCCUCCUGCAAAGGGGAGAAGGAGACGUCACAGGUGGGGCAGUGGUGGGUGCAGCACGGGGACGGGGCCCCUCUCCUUCAGAGUAUCGCCAUUCGCUUGACACACACAUGGACGUGCGCCUCUCCGGCGGAGAGGAACUGGGCCGUCCACGAGCGUGUUCAGGUGAAGAGGCGUAACCAGCUUGGUUUCAUCAAGCUGACUCGUUUGGUGGAGAUAUCCACCAACUUGAGAUUGAGUCGUUGCCAGGGGAGGGGCUCAGGGUACGUUCUUCCCUGGGAGGACGCAGAGGAGGAGACAGACGACGCUAUUCCUCCGCCUCGUGAUGAGGGUGUUCGGCCAGCUGACCGAGUCACCGAGGCACAGCGCGACCGACAGGUCCAGCGCGCGUGGAAGGAUCGCCUUUCAAAGGAAUCUCCCAGCUUUGAGGCGUAUUUUGGUCGUCGCGCCACGAUGCUCAUGGCGGCAGAGUUGGAGUCAGUGUACGAUCCAGAGCCAGAUCCCAUGGCUCAGGACACGAUGGAGGCAGAGUCGUGGUCCGAUCCGGAUGACCUGGCCGUGGAGUCAGAGCCUGGAGGGUCUGACGACCACGACGACGACACUCCUCUCGUCCGGAUUCCGCGUCCUCACACACGUGCGUCUGCGACGGCUGCUGCACCGCCUCCCGUCGCACGCCCUCCUUCGAGUGCCCUCGGCCAUUCGACCGAUCGUCGAGGACAUAGUGAGCAGGGGGCUCACGAGUGCGUCGACGAGGGAGACGACGGCGAUGACGAUGAGGGGGAGGGAUACGAGGGCAGCAGCGAGGACGAUGGUGAUCCCGGUUAUUCCCCGACGCGCAGACAUGAUGACGACGACGACGACGGCGGCGAUGGUGGACAGACUGCGGCCGGUUCGCGGAGAUCCGAGAGACAGCGUCGCGACCGAUGUAGUGGUGCAGGCAGGGGAGGCAGCGGGGCGGGUGUUGGGGGUGCAGGGCACACAGGUGGCGCAAGUGGUGUUAGCGGAGGACGAGUGAGGCGAGAGUCAGCAUCGUCCACUCGCACUGUACAUUGGCUUGAUGAGGCCAGACGUGGUGGGUUGGCUGAGGUUGGUCCCUCCCCUGCAGAGGUUGCUCCGUCCCCUGCAGUGGCGUCCGCGGAGGACGCAGCGGCAUCGACGGAGGGUGUCGUGGCGUCCGCGGAGGCUGCUGCGGAGUCCGCGGAGGUGGCAGCGACGUCUGCGGAGGGCAUAGGCGGCUCCGCAGGGCUUCCGCCGACACCGGCAGCGGAGCGGGUUGGUCGCGAUGCGGACGCAGCGGCCACGCCUGUCAGUCAGAUACUUCGAGGUCUACCUUCAUGCAGCGCUGGCGACAUCAGCAGUAGCAUGUUGCAGGAGGCAGCAGAGGGGACAGUGGGUUCGUCAGGGCUGCAUGAGCGUGCAGGUGGGAGUGAUGGGGUGCGUAGACCCGUGCAGCAGUCGGCGACGGAGACAGAGCAGGAUAGGAUCGACCGCGAGGAGAGGAGGAGGGCACAGGGGUUGGCUAGGCGAUGUGAGAUGACGCAGAGUAUUGCAUCGAGAGCACGUGUAGCGCGGAUGCUCGAGACAGGCUUUGCGGCAGGUGAUGCAGAGGUCGAGUGUGGUGGUGCGGGCAGAGGGGACGCUGAGGAGAGACCUGCGUCACCAGUUCAGGGUGUUUGUGUAUUGCCUCUCGGCGGGGCCAUGUCGGUGGGGGAGUUGGAGCGACAGGUAUGGGAGGACCCAUUACGGGCAGAUCGCCGCGGACGGAUGGAUGAGGCGGCGAGGAGGUUGAUGGCAGAGGGUCCAACUUUCGUGCCUUGCAGCCCGUCAGUGCCAUCGUCCGCCACAAAUGCCAUCACACCGUCGCAUGUGGAGGGUCCAAGGGUGGGAGCGGCAGCACGGGUCCCCUCGCCGGCACCCAUUGGGGAGUCUCCUUCUCCUGAGUCACGGAAGAAGAAGAAGAGAGAAGGGAAGAGUCUUAGUACUGUGAGGAGGGUGACGCAGACGAUGCGGGAGAGUCAGCCUGGGUUGGCCGGUUUACAUCCGCGGACACGGUCGGCUUUGAGCGGAGACGUUGUCGCGGACACGGCAGGAUGGCAGGAGAGGGCCUCGACUCGAGCAACGGAUCAGCCCAUGAGCGCACCUGCUGGUACGGACGAGCACGCCGAGCACAGUGCGCCCCCCGGGAGGAGCAUGGCUGCACGUAUACUGCGGGAGGAUGUGAGGGCAGUGUCAGCGCAGCGACCGUCACAUGCAUCGGUCGUUAUGGAGUCUGGGACGGACGAUUUGGAGAUGCCUGAAGGCCAGCGGAGGAGGGUUUCUGUGUACGACCUUCUUCGAGCAGAGGGAGGGGUUGAGGCGGCACCACAGGGGGCGAGGUCCGGUCCGGGUAUUGCGCACGCGCCGGCAGGCAGCACGGGUGGCGGGGAUGGUGUGACAGCCGGUGGAACUAAGAAGCAUAAAACCGUGGCGGAAAAAGUAAAACCCGCCGCGGUCAGCCGGGAUAGAACGGGGGAAGCAACGAUAUCGGAAGAAGAAAUAGCCGAUAUCAUCCGAAAAAGGAAGGAGACUGAAGGACAAAGAAUCACAACGGAUAGGCUGGCUAAGAUGGAUAUAGGAGAUGGGAACCUCACGGACAAGGAAAGAGAGUAUGUGGCCAUGACCUUGAGGGACUGCGACAAGGCAAUAGCCUUUGACGAGUCGAAAAGGGGUAGGAUUGACCCUCGAUAUGCCAAGCCAGCCCGGAUCCAUACGAUCCCGCACGUACCCUGGAAAGAUAGGCCUCGAUGGAAAUAUGCUCAAAAGGAGAAGGAGGAGAUUGUGGCCUUUCUCAAGGAAAAGAUCCGGACUUUUGUUGUGGAGCCUUGUGAGAGUGCCUACUCGAACAAGUGGUUCUUCCUGAGAAAAGGGGGCAGUAACAAGUUAAGAUGGAUCCAAGACCUCCAGAGAACCAACGCGGUCACGAUAAGGGACGUAGGUUCGAUACCCGAGGCCGAUUUGCUUGCCGAGGGGUCGGCAGGCCGAUCAAUAUAUUCGAUCUGUGACCUAUUCUCGGGAUACGACGAGAUCCCCUUGGACUAUCGAGACAGGCACAUGACCGCCAUGCAUACGCCACUAGGGCUGGUCCAAAUGAUGGUCAUGCCGAUGGGAUGGACCAACGGGGUGGCCGUCUUCCAAAGAUCCAUGAUCACGGUCCUUAAAAAAUUCAUACCGGACAAGGUGGAAGUCUUUCUGUACGACUUUCCUAUAAAGAGGCCGAUUGAGCGUGACGAAACGGAGGUCUUGCCCGGGGUGAGAAAGUUCGUGGCAGAUCACAUGACCGAUCCGACUAUAGCCCGGUGGAUGAUCCACAUUAGGCUGUACGAUUACAGGGUCGAGAGGAUCUCCGGGACCAAGAACCAGGUCGCUGACGGGCUAGCUCAGCUGCCGAUAAGAGAAGAGGAUUAUCCGAGAUUGGAAGAGGCGGAAGCGGCCGUGGCCAAAGGAGAGACUAUCCGCGUGGCUUCCAAUAGGGCGCGAGCGGGGGUGAUCAUCCGAGAGGUUAGGGAGAGGCGUGAGAUAUUCCUAGCCAAUCUCUAUGACGGUAAGUAUCGUGACAUAGGACUGUACCUGACCGGUAGGGAAGAAGGCACUGAAGCAAUCAAGAAGGAAGCACUCGGGUAUUGCUUACGAGUGGGACACCUCUUUAAGAGGCCUACGAAGUUUGCAAUUCCCAUGCGAGUACUCUGCGAUCCAGAAGAAAGGAAGGCAGUCAUAGAGGAGUUACACGACGGGAUUGUCGGGGGUCAUAGAGGGGUCAAAGGGACCUUUGACAAAGUUCGUAGGCUCUACUGGUGGGAUGGACAGUACGUGGAGGUCGAGAAAUACUGUUCAACCAGCGAGACCUGCCAAAAGAGGGCGACCGUUCGGUAUAAGGAACCCUUAGUGUCGUCGCUACCCUCUGCCCCUGGCGACAAGGUUCAUAUCGAUUUGGUAACCAUGCCAAAGGGAGUCGGAGGGCUUAGAUACAUGAUCAAUGCCCGGGACGACCUUACCGGAUUUGUGGAGGCCAAGGCCAUUAAGAAGACGACCGAGGAGUGCCAUUGCCCUCAAAACGGUGAUGGUGAGCUAUUGACAGCGAAUGAUGUCCACCUUAGAAACGGAUGGGAUGAUAUCAACGGUUCAGGGAGUGAUAAUGACCAUGAUAACCAUGAUGAUGAUGAUGAUGAUGAUCAUCAUCAUCAUCAUCAUGAAGAUGAUGAUGAAGAUAAUGAUGACCACGAUGAUGAUCAGGGCGAUGAUCAUCAUAAUGAUGAUGAUGCCGAUAAUGGUGUUAUGAAGCGUUGGAAUCAGAAGACGGGGGAUGGCGAUAAUGAAGGCGAUAAAGAAUUGUUGGAAUCACCUCAAAUUGCUGACGAUGAUGAGGUUAAGGAUAAUGGUGGCAUGGAUCGCUGGAAUCAGAGGACUGCAGCUAAAGAAAGGGAAAAUGAGAGCCCAGGUCUGGGCGGUACACUUUAUUGGGAUAAGAAGAGAAGUGAAGACAGGAGAGUGGAUUUCAAGGAUUCUGGCGACCUGAAAGGCAGUGAGCAGGAGGGCAAGGACAACAGUGUUGGAAAAACUCGUACCUGGAUGGGGACGAGGCGAGAAUGGAGAAUUCCUUGGAACGAUUGUUUGCGCCAAAACGGUGCACACGGCAGCACCGCCCGCCACAUGCGACACGUGGCAAGACAACAGGGCAAGAAAAGGAAUCGCACGCAUCAUCGGGUGAUUGAUCGCGCGAAAUCAGACGAGACGACAGCAGCACCCGCUCCCCGCGACACGUGGCAAUAUACAGCUGCUCUCAGGCGCACACAAGAAUCCACCCCGAUGCCAACCCCGGCAGUACGAAGCGCCGACGACGGCGGGCACGCGUUGACGUGCGCUGUGGAAGCUCACUCACCUGCGAUGCGCGAGUGGUCGGAUGCCGAGAGGAGGCUCGGAGCCCAGCUCAGGAAGACACGCGGCGAGGGCUAUGGAGGACGUCCCGUUCGUCACCUCGCGCGAAAAUGCGCUCGACUGGCAAGGAGUGAGAAUGGGCUGCAGGACUCCCCAGGCCACGUCCGGUGCGCGAUGGAGGCGACGUUCUCGACACCGUGGAUCAUGGAGCCGAUCAUCUCGACAGAUGAGACCAUGAGCCACGAGGCGCACAUUCGCGAGGCACAACCGUUCCCUCCUUGUGCGAAAUCCGUGCGUCAGUGCAGCGGUGUGACUUGGAUAUGGGGAGCGACCAAAGAAGAGUUCGAAGACGACCCCUGGAUGACCGUCGUCCCGUUCUUGAACAAGCAUCUUGACGAAUGGGGCGAAGGCAAUUGGGCCGCGAUGGAGAGUCACUGCCCUUGGGCAAGCCAGUACACGUUCCCCAACACGUUGGAGUUCGGGAACCUCAUCCAUGUGCCUGACGCUGUCCUCGGACAGAAGUUCCUCAACCAUGGCAACGUCGUCGGCAAUUGUAAGGGGGCGUUGCUUGACAUGGAUUUGUUCGAGGGCUUCGGAGCGGGUGCAGCGAACACCCCUUUCUACAAAGAACUCCAGCGGCAGGGGGGGUUUGUUUUGGGCCGAGAGUUUUUCAACUUGUUAGAGGAGAGGGACGUCUGCCUCGACGUCCCCUGCGACGUCGACCCCUCCCUGGAGCUGUCGACGCCCUUGCAGUUGUGCGGCGGGUGUGAAAACAGUGGCGCUGCGGCCGAGGGGGGAGACCUGGGUUCUGGUCCUGCAAGUCAACUGGAGCGGGUGGAAAGCCGUGGAAAUUUCGACGACAGCGGAGACGAGGGGACACCGCUACCGAGUCGUAGAGAUCGCUCCGUGUUGUAUAUACCUGGGGUGCAGCAUACAGAACCGGUUCGAGAAGAGGUCUCGGCGGGUUCGGGAAAAGCGGCAGUCCAUUUGCAGACUGGCGAUGACCUUGCCAUGGAAGACGAGCCGGUUGGAGGAGAGGGAACGCUGAGCACUCCACAGAAAAGAAGGGGCGAUCGUGAAGACGAGUUCGUCGGCUCUUCGAAGAAACAGAAGACCAGGACCCCGAGGGGUGCGGGGGAUAAAAGGAAGGGGACCAGGGUGGAACAGGAUCGCCCGGCUGGCAAACGACCGGCUUCGAAAGAACAGCAGCCUGAGUCGGAGCCUUCCUCGUCACGGCCUCCCAUCGAUGUGGACGUUGGGUACUUCCUCGAGUACAAAGACGGAGUCAGGACAAGGCGGGAGUUUGAGUUCAGCCCGUCUCAGGUGGUCGACAUUGGGGAGUGGGAGGAUCUGUACAACCAACGAUCAUUGGAUCCGGUCCUAAAACCGACUCCAGGGACCAGGGCGAGACGUCUGAAGCCGGAGGAAUGGAAGGACGAGCUGGCGGGGCAGUACUACUACUACGCGGUGUGCGGGCAGCACAACGCGGCUGCAGCCCGGUCGCUGCUCGGCAGCGAGGUGGCAAAGAGGUACAAUUUCGAGCGGUGGCCAGCGCAAAUGCUGUACUUUUCUGACGAAGACUUUGACGGGUAUUUCCUUGUUAGUUCCCAGGACAACAAGAAAGACCACAAGACACCUCCUAGACAGUUGAAACUGUCUAUGAAAGACAUUCGCUGGCAGUGGAAACACGAUGGUUGCCCGAGAGCUGUCAUGGGGAACCCGAGCGGGAAACAAGCUCAGGUCAGGGAUUGGCGCAAAUUCUGUACAGCGGCGCUCAAUAAAGCACCGCACAAUGCCUUGUGGCUUCUCGCGGACUCAAAGGGAGAAGACGCGGUUAAGAAACAGAACACUGCCUUGCGAUGUUAUUUGCCUUUGGCGAUGGCCAGCGAAAAUGUGUGGAAAUUGGCCAUGGAAUUUUUCGAAGUUUGGGAGACUGGCCGGUUGUUGAGCCACGACGGGGCAAAGUGGAUCGUCAAGAAGAAGAAGGUCAAAAACGUCAAGCCCGGGGUGACAUACAUCCACAACGAGAAGUUGGGCAGAAAGGAGGUGGUUUACAAUGUCCCCGUGGAGCCGCCGACUAGGAAAGGCAAAAAGGAGAAAGAGGAGGGCGAUUGGUUCGUGCAGGUGCCGGACCCGGACGCGCAUUGUUGGAAAGCGAUGGAAUCGCUCACCGACAGUGAGAAGUGCCGAGUUCUGAGGAAGGUCCUUGCUUGCGAGGUCGUUUGGCUUCAGUCAGGCUCCCCGUCGUUGGCGAAGUUGGGAAAGCUGAGCGUGCACGACAUGGUGCACCUGGUGAAGUGCGACCGCGUGCUCGUCCGGCUGUGGAAUUACUACCAGUUCAAGCACGAGAAGAGGCCGGACGCCGAUUGGAGCCAAAAGUACCCGUUCUUGAAAUCCAGGGCCGCCGUGUUCAAGAAGUUCGAAAGUCACGGGCUGGAUGGCGAUUUGUGGGACAGUAGCAGGAAACACGUUUCCGAUUCGGCUUUGUUCAAGGACUGUCCGCCGUAUUUGGGUUGCGAGGAUGACCACUCCAUCGAGGCGACGGAGAAACUGGCGGGCCACAAGAAGAUGACGGUCGAUUGGAGAAACAAGGUUCUCUCUGUGUUGACAGGAAGUAGACUGAAGAGCCGGGAGAUCGCACUGGCAGAAGGCAUUGUCCACAUCAAAUGGAGAGACACGGGGGACGUGACAUCGAUCGCGCCAUUCGGCAACGACCCUUUGGAGGCUGACAUUAGGGGACCCGGUGUUGAAUUGAAGGACGCAGUGGCAGCCACGAAGAGCCACACCUUCGUACUAGAUCUUUGUGAGCCGGUUGACCUAACACUGUGGAAACCCCAAGCGUGGGAGACUCUGAAUUCCUAUCUUCAGACUUGGUGUCCGUCGCAUUGGACUAUGGUUGUUUUCGUGCCGCGGCAGCAAAACCUCUCGUUUCUCGCCAGCAUGCACCAUCUUUCAUUCGUGAAGUUAUUGGAAGGGAAGUGGGUGAGGAGGACCCAGCAAAAGAAAAGUUUUCACGUGGGGAACAAUUUGUACACCGACGAUGACCGCAUGUACAUCCUCUUCAAGGGCGACGAUCUGCGCGCGAACACGUCCGUGGUCUAUGAGGGGAGGUUGCCUAAGGGUGCCGCUGCAGCCGUGAGGUUGCCUCAGAGGGUUACCCUGACGGAUGUGUCGGAAAUGCCCUUCUCGCCUUGCGACUGGUCGCGGACCGCGCGGAAACGACAGGGCAGUGUGUACGGGGACAUGGAACGCAACCCGACACAAUUUCUCGCUCUUCUUGAAUUUCUAUCAAAGAAGGGAGAGGGUGUCGUCUUCUUGGGGAAACCGCACGUGGGAAGCGUGUGGGAGCUUCUGAAAGCACACCGGCAUGUGGUCGCGAUGGAAGGAAACUCCGACCUUUUGCAAUUCACGAUGCAACUGGUCAAAAGCGAGGUUAAUUCCGGGGCGCAUAAUUGCGAGUUCAUGGUCGCGAAGGCGACACGGAAUCGGGUGUGGAACGACAAGACGGACAUGUGGUUCAAGUUAAGCGAGAGGAAGAGGAACGAGAUAUACGAGAGGAAGAGGAACAAGAUAUACGACUUCUUGUUCCUGCGCACACGGCCAAGGACGGACACUGACGCCGAGUAUGUCCGCUGCAAGGACCACAUGUUGGCAUUGCUCGACAACUACCAUUCCGCCUCCCGCUUGAAUGAGAAGACAUUUCUCGAAAGGCUUCAGUCGUUGUACUUCGUUGAGUCCGAGCAGAACUUGAAGUUGGCCAGUUACGCCUCCUUGAUCUCCAUUGAUGACGAGGAAGCCACCGGUGUUGAGUUCGAUGCCGACGCGAAGGAGGAGGAGAGCGAUACGGAGAGCCUCGACCUGCAGUAUGAUCCACCACCAGCGGAGCACGCGCGAGGGUCGUCGUCGGUCGGUCCGUCAUCGAGCGCGGCGGCGGCGGCACCACUCGUGUCACCAACGGCAAGACCGUCGCCGGGCAGCGCGCCGAUGAAGUUGCUGGAGAGACUAAGAGCAAUGGCCAUUCCCUCGUUGCGUCCCGGGUCCGAGAUUCCGUCCGACCAUCCGUCAUGGAAGGAUGACAACAUCUACUUCCUGCUUGCGCCACAAAGUCAUUCACCUGAGGCAGACUGGGGCCAUGACAUGAUUUGGCAUCCAGGCGUCAUCCAGCCAGCGAUACAAAAGGGCGAGUGGGUCAUGGCCGUCGCAGUCCCGGAUGGGGGAUGGGUGUCGAUUCCGCACGAGUCGAAGUCCACCUUCCUGCACCUCGCGAGGAUUUCGGUCCUCCAGAAAGACAAGUGCUGGUCGGAAUUGACGGAGGACUACAAUGACCUGGACACGAGCCCGUCGAAGGGCGUGGUGAGCUGGAAAGUGCCACCUCCUGCUGGGCCACACGGUGGUUCCUGGGGGGGGGGGGCUGGAAGUGGAGGGGACGAGGGUGGUGGUGGGUGGGGGGGUGAAGGAUAUCCGCGAAUUGGGGAGGAUGGGCAUUACGGCGGCACCACGGCCCUGGGAAGCAGCGGCGGGGCGGCGGGUUUUGCCUUCGGUCAGAAUCCGUCUACUGGCCCCUCGCAGGAGCAUGGGACACAGUCCGCCGACCGACCAGCUUCGUCCGUCGGAUCGGCGAGGGAGACGUUAGCAGCCUUGGUCGCUCUAGGCGGCCGCGCCGGCGGAGCGUCGAAGUCCGCCGGGAUCCGAAGUACGUCGGUUGAGGAGCCGCCAGUACGGUCGACCCUGUUGGGCGAUACUAGUCCGGAUCCCACAAGCGUCGACGGUGCGGCGAGGGACGAAAAUUUGUCGCCUGAGAGGGAGCGAAGGCCGCUAGGAUUGCAACGAGAGGCGGCAAGGGCAGGAUCCGGCCACACGGAGACGACGAAGUCCGCCGAGAUCCGAACUUCCUCAGGCGGGGGGUGUCGGCCAGGGAAGGGAAGUAGGGGAGGAAAUGGACGAAGGGAGGAAGGGGAAGAACUGGAAGAACCGGAAGAAGGGGAGGAAGGGGAGAAAGGGGAGGAAGGGAAGGAAGCCCGCAAAGCGGAGGAGGAAGGGGAAGAAGGGGAAGAAGGGGAGGAACGGGAAGAACCGAAAGAAGGGGAGGAAGGGGAGGAAGGGGAGGAAGGGGACGAGACUUUUGCAUGCACAAGCGACGCCGAGGCUGAAUCUGGAGAAUCGUCUGACGAGUUCGGACAGCUGUACGGAGGCCAUCGCGAGGAUGAUGUCGACGACAAUGCCACGACAAUCGAUAUGGAGACACAGGUGGUUGGCAGCCUUUCUGUGGAGCCUGACGACUAUGAGGUCCAACCGCUAAUGUGUGCCGUCGAUUUGCAAAAGCGGUUCGACGAGGCUUCCGUUGUUGUGAGCCCGUCAAAACCAAGUCGUCGUAUAAGCAUCGACGAGGUUAUCGAGGGUAUACUCGGCAACCAGCGAGUGUUCGCACAUCCGUCCACAACGCCUGAGGUCGACGACGCGGGCAACGUUACGCCGCCGGACUCUAGGGUGUUGUCCGCCACCCUCGCUGGCGUGGGGGAAGGGGUGGGGUCGUCUCGACCAAGGAGGUCCUCGAAAUAUCCAGAACACAUAUUGCAGAAAGUCCCCGGGUUGACGAGAAAACAAAAGGGACUGUUGAAGGCAUCGGGGGUUGAUGUCGAGAUCGGGAAGAGGGAGCACGAUGUUGCCAUUGAGGAAUGCCUUUCUCUUCUGGCCCCCGAGAAAGGGACGUAUCCACGAUCUGUGAGUAGGAGUCAGGCCAUAUGUGACAAAUACUUAGCAACGCAUCAUGCAAAGGGGGAUAAUGCCUAGAUCUGCUUUUCUCACUACCCCGCGUGUCUUUUGCUCAAUGUUGUGCAGUGCGGCCCACAACUCGUGGAACACGCCGAAAAACAUUCGGUGCAGCGAUUGCGCCUCGGAGCUUGCGGGUUUUGGACGACAUUAAACGAGGCUCUGUGCCACCUCAUGCUGUUCUCUGCGUCAUGGCCGAUGGUCAAUUUUGAAUUGCAGCAAAAGAUCUCCUCACCCUCUUGCAUAUCGGCGGCAGGGUGAAUGAUGAGGUCAUCAAUUUUUAUAUGGCGCUGUUGGGGUCGACCGCAUGCGGGUCGCGUCACAUGUCGUCAGGCCUUCAAGUCUUCAACUUCAAUUCGUUCUUCUUCAGUAAACUGCAACUUCAAGG